UCCACCUUUAUUUAGAAAAUCACAAGCAGUACCUCCUUAUCUCUUCAUACUGAUUAUACAGUGUCCUAGCUAGCUUCUUCCUUAUCAGGAUCGAUCACCACCAAAGACGAAAAACACAAUAUGGGAAGAGCUCCUUGCUGUGACAAAAAUGGUCUCAAGAAAGGUCCAUGGACCCCUGAAGAAGAUCUCAAUCUUAUCAACUAUAUUCAGAAGAAUGGACCAGGAAACUGGCGAAACCUCCCAAAGAAUGCUGGGCUUCAGAGAUGUGGGAAAAGUUGCCGCCUCCGAUGGACAAAUUAUUUGAGACCUGACAUUAAGAGAGGAAGAUUCUCAUUUGAAGAAGAAGAGACUAUAAUCCAACUACACAGCGUCUUGGGAAACAAGUGGUCAGCUAUAGCUGCUCGUUUGCCAGGAAGGACUGACAAUGAAAUCAAGAAUUACUGGAAUACCCACAUAAGAAAAAGGUUGCUUAGAAGUGGAAUUGAUCCAGUGACUCAUGCCCCUCGUCUUGAUUUUUUAGACCUGUCUUCCAUUCUUGCUAACUCAUCAUCUUUCUGUAACCCCUCACUUCUAAAUCUCACAAGCCUUUUGGGUACUCAAGCCCUUUUCAAUCCAGAACUCCUAAGGCUAGCCUCGACCCUUUUAUCACUUAAUAAUAAGCAAGAUCAAAGUAUCAACCCCGAGUUGUUUAAUCCCCAAAAUCUCCAAGAAAAUCAGCUUUUUUCUAAUGCUCAAAUUCCACAAUUGGUACAACCCAAUCAUCAUCAUCAUCAUGAUCAAUUCAUUCAAACUGCUCCAAUCCCACAAGGCUUUCCUAUGCAAACUCCAAAUGUUGACCAUGAUCAUCAAUCAAACAUGCCUAAACUCAUCUCAUCAUCUCGUCCAAUUUCGAGCCAAGAAAAUACCAUUAGUACUGGUUUGAGUGAAAGUGGUGUGCAUGUUUCCCAACCAAACUGUGUGGAUUGCAGCUCUAAUAACAGUGAUAUUCCAAGCCUUAAUAUUGCUGAUUUUCCUGAAAGUUCAUACUUCCAAAACUUGUUGGAUUGUUAUAGUGAUGACAAGGGUUUUGGCUUUGAUUCCGUUAUGUCAACGCCGUCAUCAUCAAGCCCCACUCCAUUGAACUCAUCAUCCACUAAUACGGGCAAUAUCAACAGUACUAGCAGCACUGAGGACGAGAGAGAAAUUAGCUACUGCAGCAACUUGUUAAAGUUUGAAAUCCCAGAGAGUUUGGACAUCAAUGAUUUCUUGUAAAUUAAUAUAUAUGAUCAUAGAGAAAUUAAUAAAAUACAUGUAGCUAGACUGCUAUAUCUUGUAUCAUGAUAUAGAUCAGCUAGAGUUUCUAGUUUUUCUGCUUUUCUUUAUUCGAUGAGUUUUGUUGAUACACA